AUGCGAUUAAAAUUUACAAGGCGACAAUGGUCUACGUUAGUUGUAAUAUCGAUUGCAGACUUUUGUAACGCCAUAUGUGUUGCGUUACAGGCACCAUUUUUUCCACAAGAGGCAGAGAAAAAAGGCUGCACGGCUACAGAAUAUGGGCUGGUCUUCGGAGUAUUUGAGCUAGUUGUGUUCGCCAUAAGUCCUCUUUACGGGGCUCAUUUGAAUCGCUUGGGUCCGAAACUAGUGUUCAAUGCGGGUAUACUGACUACCUCAACAUGCGCCAUUUUAUUUGGAUUGCUGGACAAAGUGGACGGUCACAUACCGUUCGUGACGCUGGCGUUCACGAUACGGAUCAUAGAGGCCCUGGGAAAUGCGGCCUUUCUCACUGCAUCUUUUGCUAUCAUCGCGAAAGAGUUCCCUGAUAACGUGGCUACAAUGUUUGCGUCACUAGAAACUUUCUUCGGGCUAGGGCUCAUAGCUGGGCCCAUGAUAGGUGGAGCCCUCUACAGCUGGGGAGGGUAUUCUUUACCCUUUGCUGUCCUUGGCGCUGCCCUUUUAUGUACUGCUGUACUAUGCUAUAUAACUCUUCCGAAGGCUGCUGAUGAUGAAGAUAUUAAGCCAACUGGACCUACAAUGAUGUCGGUAUUGCGAGUUCCUGGCGUUUUAUUAGCAGCAAUGACUAUAAUAUCUACCAGUUUGAGUAUAGGCUUUCUGCAGGCUACACUAGAACCGCAUAUGAGACAGUUCAAAUUCUCGCCAGUAGUGCUAGGGGUUAUAUUUAUAAUCAAUGGGGGUAUAUACGCGCUGUCUGCGCCGGGCUGGGGCUGGCUGUGCGACCACCCCGCGGUCAAGCCGAAGUACAUCACUAGUAUCGGGCAUAUGUUCGUGGUCGGAGCUUUCUUGCUUAUCGGACCGGCGCCUUUCUUUGAUAUGCCUACAGUAUUAUGGGUAACUAUAUUAGGUUUGAUUCUUCACGGCCUCGGUAUGGGAAGUCUGUUAGUAUCCUCAUUUUCAGACGCUCUGAGCACUGCUAUUUCGAGUGGUCUCCCCAACUCGAUAGAAACGUAUGGGCUAGUGUCGGGCAUGUGGACGUCAACUUUUGCUCUCGGCGCCUUCAUCGGGCCAACAGUCUCGGGUCUCCUCUUUGAUUCUAUUGGAUUUAGAAGCUCGACUACAUUCAUUGUCAUUCUUCAUAUAUGUGUGAUGUUUGUCGUGCUAAUAUUCCUGUGGACGUGUGACCGGCCAAAAAUGGAGGUGUCCGUCUCGGCCGGAGACCUGCUGCAACUUGAUGGCACUCUUGACGAAAGCGUGCUCAUUGGAGAGAAGUUUAUACCCACGACGAGGCCAAAGAGCAGUCGUCGUUACGGCAUUAGCGUGGAACAAUCUAGACCUCCCGCAAUGAACAGUCUCAUAGCGUGCUCCAGCUACAAGAACCGUAGGAGCCCUUGGAGCCAACGCACACCAAGAUACAGACCCUCAUAUGGGAGCCUUGACACUAGGUUCCGAGGCUCUGUGUCUAUCACAUAAUAUAUUUACAAGUCUUAUGUGAUGUUAUAUGCCAGUUAAUCUUUCGUUUUAAAUGUGUAUAUGCCUGUAUGUUUAUAUAUGAUGUUAUGUGUUAAAGCGCUAUUAAAAUUGUUAUUUUUCCAAAUUGAA